GUAAAUACUCAAGCUCCAUCCAAUGUGGUUGAUUGCAGCAAUCGCAACAAUUCAAAAUACUAUGUUGUCGUUGUUCAGUAUACCGCUAAGUUCAGUGCUGAAACUGUUAAAAACUUCCUGUAUUCACUCAAUGAUGGCAAAAUAGCGAAAAAGAAGUUCAACUUGAGACUUGCUCCGGAGGAGACGUCUGCGAAAUUAACUGGAUAUGAGCAUAAUGGAGUGACAUGCAUUGGCAUGAAAACAGAUAUUCCAGUGAUUUUGGAUGAAGCCAUUGCAAAACUAAAUCCUGAUUAUUUUUGGUUGGGCGGUGGGGAAAUCGACCUGAAGCUUGGGAUCAGGACGUCCGAGUUCGUUAACUUUGUCAAACCCUUCAUUGUCAAGUGUAGUUAAACAACCCGUUUUCGGCCAGUUUACGACGAAUUGACACAACAGACUAAUGCUGCCAGGAUCCAGGUUUUUCAGUAUUGAUUUAUUUAACUUUUUUAUGCUUCUGAGGAUGGAUCAACUGUCUGUGUGUUCCAAAUGAGGAUGAAACCAAAAACAGAACUCAUCACUGCUUAGAAUGCUGAAUUUGUAACUUACAAUCUGACCAUUUAAUGGACAUGAAUGAUUUAAUGGACCACUUUAAAUUUCAGC